UACGCUUCGUGGACAAAGCAACCAAUUCUGCCCCCACCGUCAACGAUUCUUCCUGGAAAACACCGUCAUUUUCACUUGUCACCAAACUUCCACCACUACACCUUUUCAUAUCGAUUAUUAUGGGGAUUCGUUUUGAAGAAAAAAAAAGGCAGGACAUGUACAGAGAAAUUGCUUACAAACCUGUGUCCGCUUUCCCUUUCUUGAUGCUCCUAUACUUGGUCUGUUUCUAGUUUCUUUCUGCAUAUUGACCCACCUUAUUUUCUGGUUUUCCCAAACUAGAUCGCCAUACCUUUUUCCUUCUCAGACUUCCUCAUGUCCUCGUUACCCUCAACGUCCUCGUCUAUUCCUAGACAAAAAGAAUAUGACGUAUUCUUGAGUUUUAGAGGUGAAGAUACUCGUCAUAACUUCACAGACCAUCUCCAUGAUGCUUUGAGAAGGAGCGGAAUCGUCACUUUCAGGGAUGAUCCAAAGCUGGAGGCCGGUGAAGAGAUUUCACUUGAGCUCUUCAAAGCAAUUCAACAAUCAUGGUGCUCAGUAAUCGUUUUCUCGGAAAACUAUGUCUUUUCAGGUUGGUGCUUGGAGGAACUAGCUGAGAUUGUUAAACAAAAAAGGGAGAAUGGUCAUAAAGUAUUUCCAAUUUUCUAUGGCGUGGAUCCAUCUGAUUUAAGAAAACAAAAAGGGAAAGUUGAAGCAGCUUUUGCUAAACAUGAAGAGAGAUACAAGGAAGAUGAAGCAAAGAUCCAAAGGUGGAGAAAUGCUUUAACUGAAGUGGCUAAUAUCAAGGGAUGGCACUCAAAUAAUAGGCAUGAAUCAGAAUUUAUUGGAGACAUUAUUAAAAAAAUAUCAGCAAAGUUAUGUCAAACAUAUCCAAUUGACCAUGAUGAGUUAGUUGGUAUCAGUCCAAGCUUGGACGAUUUGCAUUCGGAAAUAGAAAUUGGGGAAGAUGAUAUCCGUAUCAUAGGAAUUUGUGGUAUGGGUGGCAUUGGCAAAACGACCCUCGCAAGAGUUGUUUAUAGUCAAAUGUCACCUCAUUUUGAAGGGAAAAGCUUUCUUGCUGAUGUUCGAGAAGUUUCAGAGAAAUGUGGACUUGUUUCUUUACAGAAACAACUACUUUCCCAGAUCUUGUUUGAUGAAAGCUUCAAUUUUUUCAAUGUUCAUGAAGGGAAAGUCAUAAUUAGUCAGAGGUUGUCUCACAAAAAAGUUCUUCUUGUUCUUGAUGAUGUUGAUAACCUACAACACUUGAAAUGCUUGGUUGGAAAGCGUGAUUGGUUCGGUUUAGGGAGUAGAAUCAUUGUAACUACAAGAGAUGAACAUUUGCUCCGAUCUUAUCGAGUUGAUGGUGUGUAUAAGCCUACAACAUUGGAAGACAAUGAUGCACUUCAUCUUUUCAAUUUGAAAGCUUUCGGUUGCGAGACAGCGCCAAAAGAGGAUUUCAUUGAGCUUGCAAAACAUAUCGUAGGUUAUGCUGGUGGACUCCCCUUAGCUCUUGAAGUUUUGGGUUCUUUUCUGUGUGAUAGAGAUGCAAGGCAAUGGAAAAGUGCAAUAGAAAGACUUGAAAGAGAUUCUAACAAAGAAAUUCUUGACAGACUUCAAAUAAGUUUUGAUGGACUGGAAGAAAGGGAGAAGAAUAUAUUUCUAGAUAUAGCAUGCUUCUUUAAUAGGGAGAAGAAAGAUUUUGUAAUGAAAGUAUUGGAUGGUUGUGAGUUUUUUCCAGAUAUUGGAAUUGAUGUUCUUAUUAAAAAAUCUCUACUAACUACUGACAGACACAACCAGUACUUGUUGAUGCAUGACUUGCUACAAGAAAUGGGAAGAAAAAUUGUUAAGGAAAAAUCUAUUGAUGAACCUGGAAAACGUUGCAGAUUGUGGGAGGAAAGAGAUGUGUAUCAUGUGCUAACAAAAGCAACUGCUACAGAAAUUAUUGAAGGCUUAAUCAUCGACAAUAAAAGGGAAUUGAACAAGACUCUCACUUUGAAUGGGGAUAUUUUCUUGAAGAUGAAAAGAUUAAGAUUGCUCAAAGUCCAUUGUCUUCUAAAUUGGUGUGAUCUCACCUACCUUUCUAAUGAGCUACGACUUUUAGAAUGGUCAGGAUAUUCUUUAAGAUCUCUGCCUUUAGGCUUCCAACCGGAAAAUCUUGUUGUACUUCUCUUGCCUUAUAGCAAUAUUGAACAACUGUGGAAGGAAAAUACGCCCCUGUAUAAGUUGAAAGUGCUCAACCUCGAAGGGUCGGAAAACCUGAUCAAGGCACCAGACGUCACAGCUGCCCCAAAUCUUGAAAUUUUGGUUUUGGAAGGUUGUACUAGAUUAGUAUAUGUCCAUCCAUCUGUUGGAGUUCAUACAAGGCUUAAGCUUUUGAAGUUAGGAGGCUGCAAAAGUCUGAGGAGUUUUCCAACCAGAAUUGGAAUGGAAUCUCUUGAAAGGUUAACUCUUUCAGGUUGCUCAAAACUUGAAAGCUUUCCAGAGAUUGAUGGGAAAAUGGAAUGUUUGUUGGAGCUUUGUUUUGAUGGGACAAACAUUAAAGAGCUACCUUCUUUGAUCGGAAGUCUCAAAAGACUUAAAGUUUUGAAUUUAAAAGACUGCAAAAGUCUUAAAGGUCUUCCAAUCAAAAUUGGAAUGGAAUCUCUUGAAAAGUUAAUUCUUUCAGGUUGCUCAAAUCUUGAAAGCUUUCCAGAGAUUGAUGGAAAAAUGGAAUGCCUGCUAGAGCUUUAUUUAGAUGGGACGGGCAUUAAAGAGCUACCUAUUUCAAUUGGAAAUCUGAGCAGUCUUGUUUUGUUAAAUUUGAAAGAUUGCAGGAACCUUGUGGAUCUCCCAGGGAGCAUAGUUGGGUGUAAAAGUUUAAAAUCUCUUAAUCUUUCUGGUUGUUAUAAAGUUGAAUAUUUGCCAGAGAAUUUGCAGCAAAUAGAGUUCUUGGAGGAGCUUGACUUAAGUGAAACAUCCAUGACAAAACCACCACCCUUCAUUUUUCAAUUUAAAAAUCUUAAAGUUCUAUCUUUUAAUGGGUGCAAGGGAUCUUCUUCCAAGUUGCAAAAAAAACUUCCUUCUCUGUUAAAGGUAAUCCAAAGAGGAAGGACAAAUUCUAUGGCUCUGACGUUGCCUUCGUUGUUAGGUUUGAGUUCAUUAACAAGGCUGAAUCUAAGGGACUGCAAUCUUUGCGAAGGAGAUAUUCCUGGUGAUAUUUCUCGGUUAUCCUCUUUGAUACACCUUGAUCUUGGUGGUAACAACUUUAUCAGCAUACCUUCGUGUGUUACUCGAAUUUCCAAGCUUGAAUUUCUUAGAUUGUCAGAUUGCAGGGCGCUUAAAUCGUUGCCUGAGCUUCCAACAAGUAUAGCGAUUGUAAGAAUAGAUGGUUGUGCUUCUCUGGAAAUAGUUGCAAAUCCAUCAAAAGUUUGCAAUUCAAGUGAUUUGUUGGCUAUAGGAGGUGUUAAUUGCCUCAGAUUGGCUGAGAACAUCAACGCCUUAACAUUGCUGAAAAAACAUCUAAAGGUAUUUGGAAAUUCAAGAGAAAAGUUUGAUAUUAUUCUACCUGGAAGUCAAAUCCCAGAAUGGUUUAGUCAACAAAGAGGUGACUUUCCGAUUAAGAUAAAUUUGCCUCUGGAAGUUAGGAAUGAUAGUCAAUGGAUGGGAGUUGCUUUGUGCUGCAUUUUUUCAAGGAUGAUGCUUCAAGGGAUGAGUAUCUCAUGUGUAGAGGUUUUAUCCAUGGUAGAGAUUCUCGAAAAGUCGAUUGGAGUGGCUGGGUUGUAAAUUAUGGUUUAGGACAGCCCGUAACGAAGGACCACAUUUUAAUUCGUUAUUUCUCAAGUGACAAGUUGUAUCCAAUUUCCUUGGAAGACAAAUGUGGUGAACGUGAAACCAAUAAUUUAUGGACAACAGAUUGCUUAGAUCAGGAAUGCCAUCAACUUGAGUUGUCGUUCACAGUUUCCCAUAGUGUUAAGUUGAAGAAGUGUGGUGUUAGAAUAGUGUAUGAGAGAGAUCUGGAAGAGAUGGAACAAAUACAAGACUUGCAUAGUAGUCAGUGUUGUGCAAAUGUUGAAGACAUCCAGCAACACUCUGCUUAUGAUGGAUCAAUAGGUAACUGUUCCUUAAUAAAGCGAAAACUUAAUAUAUAUGAGGAGAUGGAUGAAGGGCCGCAACCAAAGCGAAUGCAAAAAAUUUUCAGUUCUAUAAUGGGCAGACUUGGGAACAAGCACUAAUUGUGAUUGAAGAAAUGUGAAGGAAGUUUUGAUUGUUCCAUGAAGAAGCAACUAUUAAAAAAGGAGAGCAUUUGAGAGCAAAACGAGCGAAAAUCAAACAAUUGGAGCAGAUUUUAGGAGCCACAUGGGUAUAUGCCAGACCGUGUCAAUUUUACAAAUUGCACCUCGAAAAUGCUACAAAACACAAUUUUUAGAUUUUUUUGAGCAUUCUAAGACCUAUAAAUACUAAAUAUAAGAAGAUGAGAGAAGACUGUCAUAGAAUAUUGAAGAAAGCAACACAAAUUGAAGCAGACUCUAAAGCAGAUUUCCAUCAAGAUUAAAUAUCUCAUUUUGAUUUUUUUGAAGUUUAUUAUGAGUUUAUUUAUUUCUUAUGGUUAUACUGUCUUUGAAAUAUUUUUAUUUGCGACUAUGAACUAAUUUUCUAAAUACCUAAGGAGAUGAAUCCUAUGAUGAA